GAAGCUUGCAAACAGCAAACGUAAUUCUUCGUGCUGUGAAGAAAACGUUCUUGAAAUCUAUUUUCCUCGAUUAGAAAUUUUGAUAUUUUCCCUUGAGUGCAGUGCCAAGGAGAGGAGUUCCCGAACUUUUUCGCAUUUUAUCCUAUUGAUCACAAGACAGCGGUUGCAAUUCCACUAAAAUAAACGGUAAGAUCUGAAUCAAAGCAGUUAUAAAGAACACCUCACAUGCAGCCAAAUUUAACAUUCAAGAGAAGCUCCCGUUGAACAUAGGACUGCGUGAAUCGAUUCAACGUACGAUUAUAAUCGAAGCAAGCCGAUUGGUGAUAAAGUGAAUUUUACUAUUCUUGCAAAAAUGAAUGUCAUCGAUAUGAACGUACAGGAAAUAGCCGAAUCGUAUUUAUCAAGUUUGCUUGAGUUAACAAGCAAUAAUAAAGCGUUGAUAAAUGUGUUAACAAUAGUAGCGGACGAGAAUAUUGAUUAUGGUCAGACCAUAGUUGAUACUAUUAAUCAGCGUAUAAAUAAGGUUCACCAUUUUUUUCUUUUAAAAAGUGUUGUCAUUUAUAAGAUUAAUUAACAACAAAACAAAAGAAGACUGAAAUGUAAUCUAUUCAUGUAUAAGUUUGAACGAGCUGUUUCAUGCAAUUGCAUCGUGUGAAUAGCAAAUUUUUCUGUGAUAACUGUUCUGUGAUUGAGAAAGAUGCAGAAAUGCAAUUUCAUUAGAUUUUAAGCUAAAUUUUAAGGAUGAAGAAAAAUAAGGAGAGAAAAUAAAUAUAAAUACGUUUAAAAAAACAAACAUUUUUCAUUGUUAUUUUUUAUUAUCAUUUUGAAUAUGUAAGUAAACAAAUGAUUUUGAAAUUAAUCAAGAAAAUGUCAUUAUUUCAGGUGGAUCCAGAUUUGAAACUUCCACUUUUGUAUUUGAUUGAUUCGAUUCUUAAGAAUGUUGGUGACAAAUACGUUGAAUAUUUUAUGCAAUCAAUUGUGAGCACAUUUGUUGAAGCCUUUGAAAAGGUGAAUGUUGGAAUUCGUAAGAAGCUCUUUGCAUUACGCGGAACAUGGAGUGAGAUUUUUCCUCGAGUGAUCCUGAGCACACUUGAUGCCAAGAUGAACGCGAUUGAUGCCAAUUGGUUAAUUGCCAAGACGCGUUUCGGUGAAAGAGAUGAAGCAAAUGAACCAGACGUGAAGAAGAUUAAAUUGGAAAAUGUUGAUAUGUUGUUCAGCAAAGAAGAUGUUGACUUGAGAAUUUUGCAGCCAAAGAAUUUGAUGACAUCGAACGGAAUUUUGAAAGCUGCUUGCAACGAUAUUGACUCAUAUGGUAAAUCCACUGAAAAGGGGAGAAAAUUUGAAGUUUUGAGCGCAAGCAGUUUUGGUGAAGGAAUAAAGCAACCGCAUCGUGUAUCACACACAGUUCAUCGUCAAAAAUAUGUUGGAGCUCAACAAAUGAAACAUUUAUCAGCAAUUAAGAACUGCAACUGGUACCCACAAACGCACCCAAAAGAUGGUUUGUGUGAAACAUUAAAAAGAGGGAGUCGUCUAAGGAAUAUCAAACGGAUUUAUCCAUGGAAGAAACAAGUGGAAAUGUCAACAUAUUCAUCGGUGCCAUUUAAAUCAGAUCAACGGCCAAUGAACAGAGUCAAUAAAUUUAUCAAUAACCAAAAUGACCGUCAGUUUCCAUUUGUAAAUCAAUCAUUCAACAGAAAUCACAUUCAAAACUCACCCGAUAUUGCAAGUCAAUACAUGUCAACUGUCCCAGAUUUCAACACUUCGAUUUUUUCGAAUAAAAAAUUAACUCAAGUUGCUAACCAUAAUAAAGUAAAUGUGAUCCCCGAAGUAUCAAAUAAACCAGUUGAAAUAAAUUUUCAAAGUCUUUUUCAAAAAUUGCUACAAUUCGGAAUGAUAAAUCAUGUCGAAGAAAAGCCAGCACUGAAUAAGCCAGAAACAUUGAAGAAGAAGAAUCCAUCCGCUGUAAAGGCACUUUAUACUGGAUGGCAAUGUAGCUCUUGCGGUAUUCGAUUUCCAACUGAACAAACUACCGAGCAGCGAGAUCAUUUAGAUUGGCACUAUCAACAGAAUCGAAAUGAGAAGUGUGAUAGGCUCUAUAUAAAAUGCCGAGAAUGGUAUCACUCAGCGGUUGAUUGGGUGCAAAUUAAAGAGACUCAUUUGGAAGAACAGAAUUUAGUUGAAACUAAAGCAAAAUCACCACCUACAUUGAAGGAUGAAUCAAAACCGCUGACUCAGAAUUGUAUUGCAGCGCAUGAUGAGCAUAAUGAAGAAUGUGAUAUGUGCCAUGAUCAAUUCGAAAUGUUCUACGACGAUGAAACCGAUGAAUGGUAUCUGCGGAAUGCCAUCAGGAAAGGAGAAAAUGUUUAUCAUCCGAUUUGUUAUGAAGAUCAAUAGGAGCCACUUGCACCAAAAGGAAUCUCAGUAAAUAUCACAUAUUCAUGUUUAUCACACGGGAGGGCACAAGCAGCAACUAGUAAUUAGCAAUGGAUCUGGAACGUCAAACAUAAAUUCGAUUGUUAGUUGAAAAUUCGCCAUAGUCUUUGGCAUUUAGAAAAAUCAGAAUAAUACCAUUGAUAUACCACCAAAAACAUUAAUUCAUUACAUUAGAAUAGGAAGGACAGAAUUUAAAAACAUAAAAUGAGAAAAAAUAU